CUUUUUACAAUAUCAAAAGGUAUAAAUGAGCUGCCUCCAACCUCCACUAUUUCCUGGACCUCUAAAGUUACCAUCAUAGUAAAUGAAUAUAUCUGCAAAUACAACAUUUUUGUCACACAGAGAUCAUGAUACUAGCAGAUAGCAGGAGCUCAAGUUGCCCUCCUACAAGGGCCAGUCCCCUCAACUGAGUCUCAGACGGUAUUUUGCUGACUUGAUUGCCAUUGUAAGCAAUCGCUUCACACUCUGCCCUUCUGCCCGACACCUUGCUGUCUAUUUGCUGGACCUGUUUAUGGAUCGCUAUGACAUCUCUAUCCAGCAGCUACAUCUAGUUGCUCUUUCCUGUCUACUUCUAGCAAGUAAAUUUGAAGAAAAAGAAGAUAGUGUGCCUAAGCUAGAACAGCUCAACAGCCUGGGUUGUAUGACUAACAUGAAUCUAGUAUUAACAAAACAAAAUCUGCUACAUAUGGAACUAUUACUAUUAGAAACCUUUCAGUGGAACCUCUGCCUUCCAACAGCUGCUCAUUUCAUCGAGUAUUAUCUUUCCGAAGCAGUACACGAAACAGAUCUUCAUGAUGGCUGGCCAAUGAUUUGCUUGGAAAAAACUAAACUUUACAUGGCCAAAUAUGCAGAUUACUUCCUAGAAGUAUCUUUGCAAGAUUAUGCCUUUCUAAAUUAUGCACCUUCUUUAGUAGCUGCUGCGUGUGUGGCUUCUUCAAGGAUCAUACUUCGUCUUUCUCCAACAUGGCCUACACGACUGCAUCGUCUUACUGCUUACUCCUGGGAUUUCUUAGUGCAGUGUAUUGAGCGGCUGUUGAUUGCUCACGAUAAUGAUGUGAAAGAAGCAAACAAACAGAGAGGACAGGCAGGACCUCAGUCAGCACAGCUAAGUGUGUUCCAAACAGCCUCCCAGCCCACACGGCCAGGUCACUUUCAGCAACCCCAGUAUCUCCACCAGACACAUCAGACCUCUCUGCAGUAUCGCCAUCCUGUAUCAGAACAACCAAGCUGUCAGCAGAUUGUGUCUACCACACACGCCUCAUCUUACACAUUACAGACGUGUCCUGCUGGCUUCCAAACUAGUGUUCAUGGCCUUGGGCAUGUGCAGACCGGCGUUGGGAUGUCACUGGCAAUACCAGUAGAAGUUAAGCCUUGUCUGACUGUUUCUUAUAACCGAAGUUAUCAGAUAAAUGAACAUUACCCUUGUAUUACUCCAUGCUUUGAGAGGUGAUUAUGUGCAAAGUUAGUAACUGGCGCAGGCUAUUUUGUGUCUUGAAGCUCUAGGGCAAGCUUUUUGUAAACAUUUGUUCAAGGAAAGGGAUCCCAGUGACACCAGAACUCUUCAGGUACCAGCACGAGUGAAUAUCCCUUUCAGUGCACCCUGAACACCUGGGAGGACCGAGCAAACACUGCAGCAGUUUAACACAGUGUGUCAAAUCCUGUUACAACAAAUGCCUGCACAACAGAAAUGUUCAAGCCCUGGCUGAUGGUCCAAAUAUUUCAAAAAUAUCCAAUAUGACAGAAAAUCUGGACAGAUUAUAAUGUACUCUUCUGAGAUUUCACCUGUGGUGGGCUCUGGGCCUAAAGUUGGUUUAUAUGUCAAAGAUUAAUGUUUAUCUGUGGACUUGCCAAACACUCUUAUGAAGGAAAGUUACAGUAUUAAUUUUUGAAGGUGUCUUUUUUUCUUUAUUAUUCUACAGUUUUGAGUUUUGAAGUUGAUCUACAAAUGAAUUUUUGACUAAGUUUAAAGUCACUGAAUUGUUACACUGUACCAACCUGUGGAGUAAAAGAAAACGAUUUUUUAGGUGAUUCUAUAGAAUGUCCUAUAAAUGUAAAGGUAUCUGGAUUUAUGUGCUAACAUUAAGGGUGGAGUAGAUCUCUUUAAAAUCAUGGUCAUAAUUUUUUGUUUUUUGUUUUUCCCUAAGCGAUCAACCUCAAAUCUUUAGAAUGAAAACACAUUUAACUCAGGGAAUUGGUACUACUUGGAAACACUUAACUGUAAUGCAACAUGCUUUGGAAAUGUUAUCAUAUGAACUACCGUUAUAACAGAUUAAAAUACUAUUAAGCUGUGUUUUCAAAUGAGAACAUAAUAUUGUGGCACAGAAUGGAUGAAGCAGUGAUUCCUAUGAUUCAUAAUACAUAUAUAUUUUGCAUUUCUUGGUGCAAUUAAUGAUUUACACUCAGAUUUGAUAUUACUCUAAAGGAAAAGUUUUUCAAGGGAAGGCCUAUCUGUAAAAAUAUCAUUACUAUAAUAAAGCUCCAUAGGCUGAGUUUGAAGUGCAGUAUGGCCAGCAAGGUUCUCAGGUUGUGCUACAGCAGCACUUUGUUAUGUGAAAUACAGGUUUCAUAAGCAGCCCUUGAAUCCAGCUAGUCAGUCUGAACAGGCAGGGGUACUGAUUACAAAAUUUCAGUACCUGCUUUCACUGGAUUAUCCCCACAACUGCCCUGGGACAUUUCACUGUACUGGUAGUGAGUGAAAACAACAUAGUAGUCAUGAUAGCAAGGGCAGUUUGCCUGUAAAGCAUUUUGGAGGAAUAAACUUAAAAAGAAAAUCAUAGUAAUAACUGAAACUAUACAUUGUGCUCUUAUCUGUGGGACAAAAGAUUUGGUGGAGGGAAGCUUUCUGGUUUAAAAAUUAGUAAGGUGUGUCUCUGUUUUUUUAAAGAUAGCACUUGAAUAGAAGGGAAUCUGCAUGGCAGGGAUGUGACUGCCACAAGGUGCAUUGAAGAUAAACUUCUUAAAAGAUGAGUGGGUAUGCAGCAGGAGUCUCAGUAAUCAAGCCAAUGGCCUUUGUUAGGAAGGGACUGAUCCACAUGGCUCCAGUGGAUGAAUGUGGGUGAGUGGCUUCUGCCAGCAUGAAUUCUUAGAGAAAUGUCCUUUUCUAUAAAGGAAAAUAACUUAUAUUUAGAGUAUAUAGAGCAUAAUGUGGAUUUAUUAGUCUGGUAGAUAAAUUUAAAAAAAAAACACUCAGGUGAGAACACACAUGACAGUUUUCAAGCAUGGAAAUUGUUUUUUGAAAGAAUCAUCACUUUUGCUCUUUAAAAGAAGGCUGCUAAUUGGAUUUUGGUAGUUCUUACCUUAAGAAAACUUGAAUUAGGAAAAGUGGGUUCAAGAGAGAAUAUAUCUUUAACAUUCACAUUCAGAACCCAGCAACCUGGAGUCCGGAUUUUCAGUAUUUUAACUACCUCAGUAAUACUAUGAAUGUAAAAUAUUAGGAUAGUGAUCCUAACUUGAACCAACAACCAGUGCCUGUGGUAAUUUAAUGUCUUGUCAAAUGCUUUUAUUGAUUGGUUUAUAUGUCAUUCUUGUUAUAGAAGAAUAUGCCUUUUUAAAAAGUUUAUUAACACGUUCCCAAUUUAUAUUUAAAAACUAAAGAACACUGGAUUAAUCUUUGUUGGGGGGAGUAGAAUAAACGAAUUGAUUACUCUUGCUGCAUACCCGCAGUGGGGUAGGGUGGUUGCACAGCCAGAACUAUUUUUAAAACAUAUAGGUUUCAUUAUAAAUACAGGUCACAGUUGCUAGCUUUGGGGGAUAGAGGAGAUGUUGUAUAGGUUUUCUUUAAUUUAUUGAUUAGCCUUUAAAGCUGGGUGGUUUUUUUAAAUUUUGUUUUUGGUUGAGAUUACUGGACCAUCAUUAAGUGUGUACUGUGAAGGUAUUAAUGAUAUGUAUAAAGGGCUUUACCAAAGUCCAUUAAAUAAACACUACUCAAGUACAGACUGCAAACCAAAAUGUAUCUGUGUUAUGACAUGAAUUUCAAAUAGCAAAUAUGGUGCUAAGUUCUACACCAAUGGAAUAUUAGAUGAGUGCUAUGCACUUAAUUUUAAAAUAA